AUGUUUCCGCCGAAGAAAGAGGAGGAGGAGGAGGAGAGGGUGAGUGACGUCAGGCACUACCAACGAGUCCCCAUAGCCUACCGCACCGCGAGCGGAAGGAGCGUAGCCGCAGUAAAGCGGAGACUUACCCAGGAACCACCGAGCGACAAGCGUCAGAGGACAGAGUGUCGACCGCUCUGGUUUGGUUUUCGGCGGCUGCUGUUCUCUGUGUUUCCGCAGCGGCCCCUGGCGGACGGAGGUCGCGAGGGUGGCGCCUCGGUACCCCGCUGCCUCCGCCUCCUCCCGCUUGGCUGCCAUGGCAACCGCAUCCUCGCCUAA